GAGAAAACCAAGGCGUGGAUUAGAGAGAGAAAAGAAAACACAACAUCAUAGAAACAGAUCAACAACACAUUAAAAUUAGCAUGGAUCAUAGCUUACGUUGUUUUGGGUCGACACUACCCAAAACUCUUCUUCAGUUUCUGUUAUCACCUUCACUCCUUCUCUUCAUCUCCUUCUUCAGUUUCUCCAACGCAGCCUUCGACCUCGCCACCAUACCCUUCAACGAUGCCUAUUCACCCCUCUUUGGGGAUGGCAACCUUGUCCGCUCCGCCGAUGGCAACGGUGUUCAACUCCUCCUCGAUCGCUUCACCGGUUCUGGUUUCGUUUCUUCCAAUAUGUACCAGCAUGGAUUCUUCAGCGCCAAUAUCAAGCUACCAUCGAAUUACAGCGCUGGUAUUUGCGUGGCCUUUUAUACAUCAAACAAUGAGAUGUUUGAGAAGACACACGAUGAGUUAGACUUUGAAUUCUUAGGUAAUAUAGCCGGAAAGCCUUGGAGGUUUCAGACAAACUUGUACGGCAAUGGCAGCACCAACCGUGGCCGUGAGGAGCGGUACCGCCUCUGGUUUGAUCCAACCAAGGGAUUCCAUAGAUACAGCAUUCUAUGGACAGCUAAGAACAUCAUAUUUUACAUAGAUGAGGUUCCAAUUAGAGAAAUUAUAAGAAGUGAAGAAAUGGGAGCUGAUUACCCAGCAAAGCCAAUGGCAUUAUACGCCACAAUAUGGGAUGCAUCAAAUUGGGCCACAUCGGGUGGAAAAUACAAAGUGAACUACAAAUAUGCACCAUUUGUGACCGAGAUGAAGGACCUAGUCCUCAAGGGUUGCUCCGUUGACCCCAUCCAAGAAGUUUCCGCCAGGGAGCUAUGCUCCGAUCAGCACGCUGACCUCGAGGAGCAAGACUACGCAGCUGUGACGCCUCUUCGCCGCCUCGCUAUGCGGAGGUUUCGCCAGCGUUAUAUGUACUACUCUUAUUGCUAUGAUACGUUGAGGUACUCUGUGCCGCCACCCGAGUGUGUUAUUAUUCCCGCGGAGAAACAAAGAUUUAAGGAGACUGGGAGGUUGAGAUUCGGUGGCAGCCACCGUCGACACUCUAGGGCACGGCGUAGCCGUACUUCAACUCCAGUAGAUGAGUCUGAUCAGGGUGAUAUGUGAGAUUGAAUGAGAUGUACAUAAUAGUAUUGGUUUUUAUGUUUUUGGGGCUUUUUAUAUUAUUAAUUUAUUCGACAGAAAAUAAAUAAAUUGAGUGAUUUUAUAA